AAGCACAUCCUCUAUCCUCCACCUUUCUUCUAGCAGACAUGGCGGCGGCAGCGGCUCGAGCAGUCCUGUUACCCGCGGCGCGGCGGCGGUUGUGGGGUUUCAGCGAGAGGCUGCUGAUCCGAGGCGCUGCAGGACGGUCAUCAUAUUUUGGAGUCAAUAGAUUGAGAAGUACACAGGCUGCUACACAAGUUGUUCUGAAUGUCCCUGAAACAAGAGUAACAUGUUUAGAAAGCGGACUUAGAGUGGCCUCUGAAGACUCUGGGCUCUCAACAUGCACAGUUGGACUCUGGAUUGAUGCUGGAAGUAGAUAUGAAAAUGAGAAGAAUAACGGAACAGCUCACUUUCUGGAGCAUAUGGCUUUCAAGGGCACCAAAAAGAGAUCCCAGUUAGAUCUGGAACUUGAGAUUGAAAACAUGGGUGCUCAUCUCAAUGCCUAUACCUCCAGAGAGCAGACCGUAUACUAUGCCAAAGCAUUCUCUAAAGACUUGCCAAGAGCUGUAGAAAUUCUUGCCGAUAUCAUACAAAACAGCACACUGGGAGAAGCAGAGAUUGAACGUGAGCGUGGAGUAAUCCUUAGAGAGAUGCAAGAAGUUGAAACCAAUUUACAAGAAGUUGUUUUUGAUUAUCUUCAUGCCACAGCUUAUCAAAAUACUGCACUUGGACGGACAAUUUUGGGACCAACUGAAAAUAUCAAAUCUAUAAGUCGUAAGGACUUAGUGGAUUAUAUAACCACACAUUAUAAGGGGCCAAGAAUAGUUCUUGCUGCUGCUGGAGGUGUUUCCCAUGAUGAACUGCUUGACUUAGCAAAGUUGCAUUUUGGUGACUCUUUAUGCACACACAAAGGAGAAAUACCAGCUCUGCCUCCCUGCAAAUUCACAGGAAGUGAGAUUCGUGUGAGGGAUGACAAGAUGCCUUUGGCAUACUUUGCAAUAGCUGUUGAAGCUGUUGGUUGGGCACAUCCAGAUACAAUAUGUCUCAUGGUUGCAAACACGCUGAUUGGCAACUGGGAUCGCUCUUUUGGAGGAGGAAUGAAUUUAUCUAGCAAGCUGGCCCAGCUCACUUGUCAUGGCAACCUUUGCCAUAGCUUUCAGUCUUUCAACACAUCCUACACAGAUACAGGAUUAUGGGGACUGUAUAUGGUUUGUGAACCAGCCACCAUUGCAGACAUGCUACAUGUUGUUCAGAAAGAAUGGAUGCGACUCUGUACAAGUGUCACUGAAAGUGAGGUUGCACGAGCCAGAAAUCUUCUGAAAACGAACAUGUUGUUGCAGCUUGAUGGUUCAACUCCAAUUUGUGAAGAUAUUGGUAGGCAAAUGUUAUGCUAUAAUAGAAGGAUUCCCAUCCCUGAGCUUGAAGCAAGAAUUGAUGCUGUGAAUGCUGAGACAAUUCGAGAAGUAUGUACCAAAUAUAUUUAUAAUAAGAGUCCAGCUAUUGCUGCUGUUGGUCCCAUUGAGCAACUACCAGAUUUUAAUCAGAUUUGCAGUAACAUGUGUUGGCUUCGUGAUUAAAAUGCUCCU